AUGGCCUAUAAAAAGGCCUUUGCGGCCUCGAAGCUGACCCCGGUGCUCCUCGGGCUCGCAUUUUCAGUCGGUGGAAUCGAGGCGCUCAGUAGCAAUCUCACCGAUCUGAGACCUAUCCUAACGGACCCGUCCAUAUCUUGGGCAAGCGAUACGGUAAUCUCGUUUCAAGGCUCUGAUGAGUUUCUCAACGCUACGGAGCGAUGGACGGUGUUUCGGCCACCAAGCUAUACUGCUGCCGUUAGCCCGGCGUCCGAGCAAGAUGUCAGACAAGUUCUAACUGUACUGCGGGUAAAACUUGCGACAUCUCGAAACAUUCCAUUCCUUGCAUCAGGGGGGCGCCACGGGUAUACUACUACCCUAGGAGACCUACAGAAUGGCUUAGCGAUCGACCUAAGCCAGUUGAAGAGGCUUGAGUUGAACACAACUGCUCAGACUAUCACUGUCGGGGCCGGCAUCACCAUCGGCGAAGUCUUCGAUCCCUUGUACGAAGCUGGGUUCGAAAUCCAAACUGGCACUUGCCCGUGCCCUAGUUUGAUCGGUGUCACCCUCGGUGGUGGUGUUGGGCGCUUUCAGGGUGUCUACGGCCUGGUUUUAGACGCGCUGCUUUCUGUGAACAUGGUUACGGCCAAGGGAGAUCUGAUCGAGGUGUCCAAGGAAUCGUAUUCAGAUUUAUUCUGGGGACUCAGGGGAGCAGGGGCAAACUUCGGCAUCGUUACCUCCGCUACUUACCAGGUGCAACCCCUGGCUAACAACGGCGAUGUCUUGAUGGCGGAGUUCAUCUUCCCGGCCAACCAGAGUCUCGACUUUUUCGAGACUGUACAGUCUCUGAAUGAUAGGCUGCCCGCGGAGCUGGCCUCAAUUUCAAUCAUAGGCUGGAACUCGACCACGAACGAGACCCAAUUGUCUGUGAAUUGGGUAUACUUGGGGCCAGAGGAAGAGGGACGGAGAGCUCUAAAGCCAUUCACCGACCUCAAUCCCCCCGUCUCGAGCAUCGAGGUUCUCAAAUACAACAGGAUCGUGGCCGAAACUUUUGGCGGUAUCGUCGAGUCUGUUUGCCAAGGGAACAUUAUCCGGGAUCUUUACAGCCUGAAUUUGAAGAGCUAUUCUGCAGCCAGCUACCAGGAGUCAUUUGGUAAGAUGGCUGAGUUCUUUGAGCAGUACCCCGGCGGCCGGAACAGUAUCCUCCAGUUCGAGUUCUUCCCAAACCAGGCCAUGGCGGCUGUGGCCCAGGAGGAGACCGCAUGGCCUUGGAGAGACGCAACUGGAUACAUCAACCCCAACAUGCUAUGGGACGAGGGAGACGACGAGACGGCCACGGCGGCGAUGGCUCUGGGACAGGAGCUCCGCAGAGACCUCGCAGCCACGUCUGGCUAUCCCGAGCUCUCUGUUUUCCUCAAUUAUGCGCGCGGCGACGAGAAGAUAGAGCAAAUCUACGGGAAGGAGAAGUUGCCACGCCUGGCAAAGCUGAAGAAGACCUGGGAUCCGAGUCACCGCUUCAGCUUCAACAACGGCCUUCCCACUAAAUACCCUUAG